UCCCUGCUGCUCGCCAGCCAAGCCAACCCCCGGUGUGAACGAAGUCUCGCUCUCUCUUUCCCCUGUUUCUCGUUCCGUCUCUUAGCACGAUUUUCCUAUUUUGCAUGGCGAACAGAGUCUCUCUCUCUCUGAGGAAGAAGAUCCCUCUGAGCGCCGCCGCCCGCUUCCUCUCCUCCUCCACCACCCCCUCCUCGCCUUUGGAUUUGGCCGCCACCGCCGCCCCUCCGCUCGUUCACGAGGCGCUCGUCCACCGGCCGCUGCCGGACAACCUCGGGCUCGACGACCCGCAGGCUUUGUUCGCGUCGGUGCCUUCGUCCGAGCUCCUGAGGGCCGCGUUUAACCUUUACCUCGCGUCCUGCGGGCCGCUCGUCGACGCGGGGUCAUGGCUGAUGUCGUCGCCGUUUAUGAGGAUUCCGGUGGUUCGGCAGGCGGUGAAGGUGACGGUGUACGAGCACUUCUGUGCCGGGGAGGGCGUCAAGGAGGCAGGGGAGACGCUGAGGAAGAUGUGGGGUAGGGGGCUGAGGGGGAUUCUAGAUUAUGGGUUGGAGGAUGCCGAGGGGAACGAGGAUUGCGAUCGGAAUCUCCAGGAGUUCCUCAAGACGGUGGAGUCGACGCCGUCUCUGCCUCCUUCCUCCGUGAGUUUCGCUUGCGUGAAGAUCACUGCCAUUUGCCCAAUACGUUUGCUAGAGAGAGUAAGCGAUCUAUUGAGAUGGCAACACAAAAACCCUUCAGUUCAUCUUCCAUGGAAGGUUGAUUGCAUGCCGGUAUUGACCGACUCAAGCCCCUUGUAUCAUACCCGUUCGGCUCCACCACCUCUUUCAGACGAGGAGGAAGCUGAUCUUCAAUUGGCUCAUAAGAGACUAGAGAGACUUGCUAGAAAAUGCAGUGAAUUGUAUCUGCCUCUUCUAGUUGAUGCAGAGUACACAUCAGUACAGCCUGCGAUCGAUUACUUCACCUACUCUGCUUCCAUUUCCUUUAACAAGGGAGAUGUGCCAAUAGUUUUUGGGACGAUCCAGGCCUACUUGAAAGAUGCAAAAGAGCGACUUGUCAAAGUGGCAGAGGACGCAGAGAGGAGAGGCGUUAUGGUGGGUCUGAAAUUGGUUAGGGGUGCUUACAUUAGUAGAGAAACCAAGUUGGCAUCGUCUCUGCAAGCUGAUUCUCCUAUUCAUUCAUGCAUCCGGGACACACAUGAAUGUUAUGAUUCAUGUGCAGCCUUCAUGCUUGAGAAGGUUGCAAAAGGUUCUGGAUCUGUGGUGCUCGCCACCCACAACAUCAACUCUGGAAAAGCAGCUGCUGCAAAGGCAGAGGAGCUAGGAAUAAGCAAGGGAAAUGAAAAUCUCCACUUUUCACAGCUCAAGGGCAUGGCAGACACCCUCUCCCUUGGGUUGAGAAAUGCAGGUUUCCAAGUGAGCAAGUACCUGCCCUUUGGCCCCCUGGAGAAGGUCAUCCCUUAUCUCCUAAGGAGAGCAGAGGAGAACAGGGGCCUGCUGUCUACUUCUGCUGCGGACAGGAAUCUCAUCACGGGCGAAUUGCAGAGGAGGUUGAGGGAUUCGAUAAUCGGUGGCUGAAUAAGAAAUGUGCAGGCUGCCGGGGCGUGAGCCAGAGGCAUCUCCAUUUAAGAGAGAAGGGUUGGGCUUUAGAUGUAGUUCUUAAAUUCCAACUCUCUUGUGGCCUGUGGGGUGUGUUUGUACAUACGUAUAUUUAUGCAUGUAAUUGGCAGAGAUGCCGUAUCUUAUAAAAUAAAAUGAAGAAAAUUUAUCUCUA